AUGUCAACCCAGCCACCCGCCCAGUUCUCGGUUUACACAACGGAACCUAAACAAUCCAAACCCAAAAUGGUCACUCAGCGAAGAGUCUAUGGCAAACGAAGAGUCAAUGCUCCUAGAGCUGUUUUUGAUCAACCGAGUCCAGCCAGAGACACCACAUUUACGGAGGUCCGCUAUGCCGAUCCCGUAGAAGGCCUCCAAGCAAAACUAGCCCAAGUAACGAUCCAGGACGACUCGGCACCUCAAGAUGCGACCAAUACACAAAGCGAACAGCGAACAUCGAGGCAAACUACUUCUAAUAAAUCAAUUGUGUCGACAAUAGAAGACCUCCCAAAUUCUCCCAUCGCCAAAUCCUCUAUCAUAUCCUCGCCAUCGACGACUCAGCCGCCAUUGAAGACUAAGUCAACCUCAUCGAGGGCCAAACCAUCAACAAAGCCUAAACCACGACCUACCGAAACGAUGGUAGAGGUCCAAAUUUGCUCAAACCCCACCGAGCUACCACAUACCAGACUAGAGAUACCAGACAUUACGCUUCAGCACCCAGCCGAUGAUCGAGAAAGAUCGCAAACACCUUUCGACAGACGCAGAACGACAAGCAAGGAUCGAGCGGCCAUGCUGCUCUCAGGAUCUGUCAUUGACAGUGCAGUCAACGACUAUGUUCGCCCAAUCCUGAAAGAGGCGCUAUCACCAAUUGCGGCGCAAGGAGUUCAGAAGUUUGAUUCGUGGGCCUCGCAUUCGGAAGACAUGUUCUACGUCGCGAAACUCGCAGAGGGGUCCUUUGGGGAUGUCUACAAGCUCCAUCUCCGAGAAGAAACUUGCAGACCAGCGGUAUCCAAAUCCAAAUUGGCCAAAUUGAAAUCAUAUGGCGACGGAGUGUUCAAGGUCAUGCCGCUGCGGGCUAAGAAGGGUGUUGGGUCGAAGAAGCACACAAGCAUCGACGACAUCGUUUCCGAAGUCAAGAUGCUCAAGUACCUCGAUCCGGUUCCCGGAUUUGCUCGCUUCAGAGAGAUCCAUGUAGUCCAGGGUCGCUACCCAGCAUCAUUCCAAACUGCCUGGGACCAGUACAAGAAGACGAAUAAAGAGGCCCUGAACCCGAAUCCAUCCAGCAAAAGAUCAUACCCUGAUAGUCAGAUUUGGGCCAUCUUGGAGAUGGAUGAUGCUGGGUACGAGCUAGAGAAGUUUGCCUGGUCAUCUAUCUUCCAGAUUUAUGACAUCUUCUGGGGAGUUGCAAUGGCUCUGGCCCGAGCGGAGUUGUUUGCGGAGUUCGAGCACCGCGAUCUUCAUUUGGGCAAUGUUUGCAUUCGUUCGACGCGGGAUGACGGUCGCUUGGAUCCUCCCACCGAGCUCGAAAUUGUUCGUCAUUCAUCCUCCAGCGGAUUUGGCAUCAGCACCCUGCAAACCACUAUAAUCGAUUAUUCGCUCUCACGGGCGGAGCUCUUGCAGGGUGACGAUCCCGCCAAUCCGAAACCAGUUGUUGCCUUCACCGACCUGGACAAACAGCAGAUAUUUGAUGGAAUCAGCCAAGAUGAGGAUGAGAUGAUGCAGCGGAACACGUACCGAUACAUGCGAGCAGCACUUUAUACCGGCAAUCCCCUCGAAACAGAGAAGGUGUCGACCAUUCCAGGGAUUUGGGAAGAGUACGCCCCACGAACCAACCUGGUCUGGCUGCUGUUCAUGCUACAAACCCUCUUGAAAAACCGAAAGCCAGAAGCACCCACUGCUCAGCUACAGCGAGUGGCUCUUGCAGCUCGCUCGCCCAACAGGAAGAUCGCAAACCCGCAGACAGCUAAAGGGAAAGAGCAGAACCAGCCCGGCUUGCUCAUCAGGGAGCGUCAGACCAUGGACCUCCAGGCUGGAAUAUCUCAACUCCAGAACACACUCGAGGACAGGCUAAAGGCUGUUCUUGAACUUCUUGAUUUGGAGCACGGGCAUGAAGAUAUGUGCUGUGCUGGUGAUCUGGUUGCCUAUGCGAUGGAUUCGCAAUGGCUGGCUGAGGAAGACUUCUAUUAA